AUGCAAUUAAAGAAAUAUGACAAGCACGGUCGCUCUUACCUUGAAAUUUGUAAAGGAUACGAAAUAAAAUUAGAAUUUAACGAAUUAUCGGAAGUUGAUAAAGAAAAAGCUCGAAUUGAAUUACGAGAAACGCCCGAAAAUGUCGAAAAAGGAUUAAAAGAACUUCGUGAACUAAUCGAAAAUGACGAUACGAUAUUUGUUUGUACCGAAAUUGACAACUAUUUAAUGCGAUUUUUACGUCCCACAAAAUUCUACGCAAAAAAUUCCUACAAUCUUCUUCGAAGUCACUUUGAAUUUAAAGAAAAAUAUCCAGAAUAUUGCAAAAAUAUCUUACCAAAAACCGCGAAACAGGCAUUUGAACACAAUAUCAUCAGUUUUUCUCCGAAACGAGAUCAGCAUCGUCGUCGUAUUUUAAUCACAAAAGUUGGAAAUUGGGAUCCGAAUGUUGUCUCCGUUUAUGAAAUUUUUCGUGCUGCUCAGUUAUCAGUCGAAGUAGCAGCGUUGGAACCAGUUACUCAAGUUAAUGGAUAUGUUAGCAUAAUGGACUUUAAAGGACUUUCGUGGAAUCAAUGUUUGGUUGCAACUCCCUUUAAUACGAGGAUGUUUAUGCAAUGGUUUCAGAAUGCAGUUCCAUUGAGAUGCAAGGCAAUUCAUUGUAUUAAUUGUCCAAUGUUGUUUGGAAUCCUUUUUAACAUUGUCAAGCCGUUAAUUGGUUCUAAGCUCAAAAAUAGAAUUUAUUUUCACAGCAGUUGCAAGACUUUGUUGGAGCAUGUCGAUGCGGAUUGUCUUCCGGAGUGCUAUGGAGGCACGAUGGAAUGUGAAGAGCCUGAUGGGAAAUUGGUUGCUGAAAUAUUGGAAGAAGCCUCGGAUGAAUUUGAACGUAAGUACAGCUGUUUCUAA